AUGACAGACGCUACAACAAGGAAAGAGAUGGCCAACAGGUCUGAGGAGAUCGAAGCCGCUUCAGUGCCCCGACAGGACAUGGCGAUGAUUGAGGAUAUUGAGGAUGACCCCCAUCGCGCUGCUCUGGAGCUCAAUCCGGAGGUGGCUGAAAAAAUCACCUGGUCGACGGUAUUGUCGGUCUUCUUCUUGGGCUUGUCGUUCACAGCAUGUAUCUCGACCUCAUUUCUGCUUGCCUCCUCGAUCCUGGUCCCGAUAGGCACUGCCCUUGGAGAUUUGGAACCCAUUGGCUGGAUCGCCUCUUCCUGGGCCGUCACAUCAGCAGUUAGCAUGUCCCUCGGUGGUGGCCUCAGCGACAUCUUCGGCCGUCGCUAUGUCAUCAUGGCAGGACAACUGCUCAACAUCGUCGGCGCCAUUGUCAGUGCGACAGCUCAGAAAGUGACACAUGUGAUUGCUGGGUCUGCCGUUAUUGGUUUCGGUGCCGGCUUGGUUUUCGUUGCUUAUGCUGGUAUUCCUGAGAUUCUCCCCAACAAGUACCGUGGGAUGGGUCUAGCGUGGACGGAAUUCUGCAUCACAAUUCCAUGGGGCUUACUGGCCACGCUCCUCGCAAACCAGCUCAACGCGCAUGCCACUUGGCGUUGGGUGUAUUACCUUUCCGUGAUUUAUGCAGCAGUCUGCUUUGUUGGGACUGCCAUCUUCUAUUUCCCGCCUGCUCGUCCACGAAAAGACUACGACAAGACUAGGUGGCAGGAAUUCUGUGAACUGGACUUUAUUGGCUACAUCCUGUAUGCUGGAGGAUUGACUGUCUUCCUCAUCGGGUUGAGCUGGGCUGGCGAGGCAGACCAUGCCUGGAGUUCGGCCUCUGUCGUCGCGCCGAUCGUGUUGGGUGGUCUGGUCUUCAUCGGCACCUUCGUCUACGACUGGACUGUCAAGCCCAAGCUUCCUUUGAUGCCACUCCACAUCUUCCGCAUGGUCCGGGAGUUCACCAUCCUACUGGUUGCGCUUUUCGUGUCCGGCAUGGUGUUUUUCGCCAUGGUGUCUCUCCUUCCACAGGCAACCGAGUCGGUUUACGACAGCGAUCCCAUCAAGCUCGGAGUGGCUUUGAUUCCUAACGGUGUUGGUCAGUUCAUUGGUGGCGCCGUCCUUCCGGCGUUGAUCCACAAGAUCAAGCAUAUCCGAGCUCAGAUCGUGGUUGCGCUGUGCAUCCAGACACUGUUUUCGGCCCUGUACGCUUACGGAAUCAUCCCUCACCAUAAGGCCGCCUGGGUGACCUUCCAGUUUUUCGGCAUGAUGUGCUUUGCAUGGAUCACCCUGUGCUCUUACGUGGUGGUUGGUCUACACGUGCCUCACAGGGAUCUGGGUAUCGCUUCAGGACUGGUCGGGACAUUCCGCAACACCGGCGGCAGCGUCGGCAUCUCCAUUUUCAACACCAUCCGAAAUGGUGUUCUUAAGAGCCAGCUGGUACCACGUAUCCUGGCGGCAGCCGCGGCCAAUGGAUUCCGUGGCGACGCGGACGCCACCGAAGCGCUUGUCACGGCUGUCACCAAUAAUGCAAGGGGUAUUCCAGGCGCCUUUGCCAAAAUCCAGGGCGCCACUCCAGCCCUGAUCCAUGCGACCUCGGAGGCAUACAAAUCGGCAUAUGGCUACGCGUAUCAACGGGUGUUCUUUAGCACCAUUCCCUUUGGCGUGAUCGCCAUCAUUGCGGCUUUGUUCAUCAAAGACGCGUCAGAAUACUUGACGAACCACACUGCAGUCAACAUGGAGAAGAACGUGCUUGGAGAGAGACCACACACUGACAAGGCCGUCGACAUGGAGCAGCCAGAGAAGGCGGCAACUUGA